AUGGAAGGGUUGAGACGAGAGGGAAGUUUUCGGUAUUUAGUGCCGUCACAGACCAUCACUGUCGACGGUACCAACGUCCCCAAUCCGGCCUAUCCGCCAUGGAGGCGUCAAGAUCGACUACUGUAUAGCGCCUUAAUUGGCGUGAAGGGUACCAAAACUAUUAGCGAGUAUCUCCGCAUCAUCAAAGGGAAAGCGGAUGAUCUCGCCUUGCUGGGAAAGCCCAUUGAUCCGGAGGAUCUCACCGAACAGAUUUUGGCUGGUUUAUCUGAUGAUUACAAGCCUGAAAUCGAUGAUGUCAAUGCAGAUAUACCCCUGUCUCCUUUUUUGAGCUUCAUGAAAGGCUACUUAAGCGAGAAGCAAUGA